CCGUAUCUCCUUGGGGGAUCCACUAUGUCUUAUUUUCUAUCUUGUCUUGUGUCUGUGAAAUCAAAUCACCAUUAACAAAACAAAACCUAACAAACCUCCACGUCUUCUCCACUCAUCUCAGCGGUGACCCAAAAUUAAUUUCUCCCGGAAGAAUCCCCAAUUCGUCAAUGCGUUUCUCAUAAAAGCAAUUAACACCGAUUAAAUCCAAACCCUAACCACAGAAAAAUGGGGAUAGAUUACUACAACAUUCUCAAAGUCAAUAGAAAUGCAACCGAUGAUGAUCUCCGGAAAGCAUACCGUCGAUUAGCAAUGAUUUGGCAUCCUGAUAAAAACCCUAACGACAAAAUUCAAGCGGAAGCAAAAUUCAAACAACUUUCCGAAGCUUACGAUGUCCUAAGCGAUCCUCAGAAGCGUCAAAUCUACGAUGCUUAUGGUGAAGAAGCUCUUAAAUCCGGUCAAUUUCCACCUCAUUCAUCUGCUUCUCAUGGAGGCGCUUCAGCCUCUCACCAGCGUCCUCGAAAUAACGGGAACCCUAAUGUCAGCUCUAAAUUUUCGUCUUUUAGGUUUAAUCCGAGGGAUGCAGAAGAUAUUUAUGCGGAAAUGUUUGGGGAUGGUGGGUCGAGCUCUAAUGGUAGAGCAAAGAGUACAGGAAGAUGGUAUAAUAGAGAUGGUUACUUUCGAACAUCGAAUGGUGCUGGUGAAAGAAAUCGUGAACAUCAGAAAAAGGGUCCUCCCGUUGAGAAAAACUUGUCUUGUAGUCUCGAGGAUCUGUAUAAAGGUGCUAAGAAGAAAAUGAAGAUUUCUAGAACUAUUACUGAAGCUUCUGGUAGGGUUCGUACUGUGGAGGAGAUAUUGACUAUUGAUUUAAAACCGGGUUGGAAGAAGGGCACAAAGAUCACUUUCCCUGAGAAAGGUAACCAGGGGCCUGGUUUUAUACCAUCAGACCUUGUUUUUGUGGUGGAUGAGAAACCACAUCCAGUUUACAAAAGAGAUGGUAAUGAUUUAAUAGUUAAUCAUGAGGUGACUCUUCUGGAAUCUCUCACUGGAAAGAACCUUGAACUGACAACCCUUGAUGGGAGGAUUCUUUUAAUCCCUCUGAAUGAUAUUGUAAAACCUGGUGAAGAGGUGGUUGUUCAGAAUCAGGGGAUGCCAAUCUCUAAAGAACCCAAUAAGCGAGGCAAUCUGAUAGUUAAGCUUGACGUAAAGUACCCAGCAAGGUUAACCGAUGAACAAAAGGUUGAUCUACGGAGAGUUUUAGGCGGAAGCUCAUGACAAUAUUUCUGCGUCACCAAGCAUUCCCACUGAUCUUGUGUUCGUGUGUAAACAGAACAGAUGCAAUUUGUGAAUACUAAUCCGAAAGUGAUUGAAGAUUGUGAGUUCCACCAUCAAAGGACCGGGGUGGAGUAUGCACAAUAAUUUUUUAGUUCUUGUUUAUUCUUUUCUUGAUGCUCUUUUAUUUAGGGCGCCCUCACUUUGCACAUGCUUAGAACCGGCCCUGCCGAUGAGAUCAAAUUACUAUUAUCACUAAAAAGGCAGAAACUCUGUAUUUAUGUGGGUAGCAUUUCUCCUGGGAAAGGAUGGCAAGAGAUAAUAGUCUAACCUGAAUAUAACAUACUUUUGAUUACGGAUUUCGUGUAUUGCUGCUCGCGAUAUUAUUUUUACUUAUUUUUCAGGACACAUCAAUACCCGAAAAGAAAAUUCUAUUCAAGGUUUUAUGUUAACAGGACCCAAAACUUGUAAGGGUGCUUUACCAAAAUUUGUGGUAUACUUGUUCUACUCAUGCUUCAUCGUUGAUUGUCAUGCACUCAUGCUGUAUCAUUUCAAACUUCAUCUAUGAAGUUGGAAAUGCUUUGAUAGUUAUUGUAUUGUUAUUUAAGUUUGUGUCCUUUACCUGUCCUAAGUAUAAUAUUCAUCAACAAUUAUGCACAGGUUUAUUGACUGAA